AUGGAGAAUAUUGAAGGUCUGGACGAGAAAACCGUGCAUAGAAACGGUAGUGGGCUGUACCUACAGGGUUGUACCUACUUGGUAUCCAUGCUUGCUCGAUUUCCGACUCCAAGGUCGAUUCUAGAAGCAUUGACGCAUUUAGUGGAACUAGGGCGAUUGAUUCGACUAGAUGAUGAAAGGCUUUUGCAGAUCGCUAGUUACUAUCUGCGCUUGAACGAGCUGGAUACAUUCUUCAAUUUACUAAAACGGUACCCUCGGUUUGUGUCAUCCAGAGUCGGGUUUUUGCAGAUUCACCAUUGGCUACGAGACACCGGUACGGCAGAUCUAUUCGAGGACGUCGACUUCUUGCUUGGGCCUCACUUUGACACAAAACUUGCCCUAAUGGCAGCUCUUAUGAAGAUAAGGUUAGUGCGUGAAUUAGAGGUGCUGCAUGCAGUAGUACAAUCUGUGGGCACCAAGGUUCCUGCAGAGAUUGCUGACAAGAUUCUUGAAUAUACAGUGAGUAUUCUGGCCGUUGCAAAGCACAAGAUUUUGUACGACACCGAUCAUUCAGAACGAAUCAGGAAACUACGCGACCACAUCCAAGCCCUUUUUAUUGCCGUUCAUAAAAGAACUACACGUACAUGGCCUUUUAUCAUUGAAGGUGUGCAGAAGGGCACUGAAGAUUUAUGUUUGGAUCAUCCUGAAGGACCGUCCCCUCGGUUUCCGUCCUUUCGUUGCCAUCUAUGCGAAGUGCUGGAUGCAUGGCGGGAUACACCCGAAGCUGUUGACUACAUUACAGAGCUUCUGAAUGUUGACAAGAAAUGA